AUGCAGGCAGAAGUGAGAGAACAAUAUGCUAUGAAUGUAAGCAAACAUCAAAUAUGGAGAGCUAAGAGGUUGUUAAGAGUGGUCAUUGAAGGUUGUAAGAAAGUGUUUUUGGAGGUAUGUAGGCCUUUGAUUGGUGUGGAUGGGUGCCAUUUGAAUGGACCAUACACAGGACAAAUAUUAACAGCUGUUGGGGUUGAUGGAAAUAAUGGAAUGUUCCCCAUUGCCUAUACUGUAGUUGAAGCUGAAAAUAAGAUGAGGCAAAAGGGUCUGCUUCCAACCAUUGAAACAGCUAUGCCUAUAGCUCAGCAUAGAAUGUGUGUGAGGCACCUUUAUAGCAACUUCAGAGGGCAACAUUCUGGGCUUCUUUUAAAGAACUUAUUGUGGGCAGCAGCAAGGGCCACCACUGUUCCAUGGUAUAAAGCAGAGAUGGAGAAGAUGAAGGUGCAAGAUAAUGAAGCUUACAAGUGGCUUUAA